AUGGCAAACAUCAAUAAUUCAUCUCGUUUAAAUCAUUUAUCAUACAAUAUAAAUGCAUCUAACAAAGCUAUUUAUCGUAUUCAAUCACAAACAAAUGAAGAACGUUCUAAAUUUAUAAUAGAUACAUUUAUAGAUUGUUUCAAAGAUGGAAUACGCGAUAAUCCAGAUGCAUUUCGUACUCGAUUUCGUAAAAUGGCUGCUACACCAUUUAAUUUCUAUCGUGGUUCCGCAAUACUUUUUUAUCAAGAUUUAAAAAUUGAUAAGGAUCCAUUUAUAUUAAAAAAGAAUGCUGCUGGACAAAUAUUUAUUCAUGGUGAUUUACAUGCUGAAAAUUUUGGUACAUAUUUAAAUAAUAAUGGUAUUCUAAAUUUUGAUGUUAAUGAUUUUGAUGAAAGUUAUAUUGGUCCAUUUACAUGGGAUAUUAAACGUUUAUGUGCUUCAAUCAAUUUAAUAUGUUAUUCAAAAGGUUUUUCUGAUGAUGAUAUUGAAAGAAUUUUAACUGUUUGUAUUGAAGAAUAUUUAAAACAGAUUUAUAAUUUUUGUAAACAACCAAAAGAUAAUUUUGCUUUAACAUUAAAAAAUACUUCAGGAAAAAUAAAUAAAUUACUAAAUGAAACACGUAUUAAAUCACAUGUUGAACAUUUAAAUAAAAUGACAUUUAUUGAAAAUUAUAAUAGAAAGUUUAUUCGGUCAAAAUAUAUUCUUAACGUUGAUAAUAUUUUACAUGAACAAUUAAUAAAGGCAUUUCAACAAUAUUUAGAAACAAUUCCAGAUAAUAAAAAAUAUUGGAAUCAAAAUUUUGAGAAUAAAGAAUUAACAUAUAAGAUUAAAGAUAUUGUUCAAUGUUUCACACCUGGUAUUGGUUCAGCUGGAAAAAUUUCUUAUUCAUUUUUAAUUGAAGGUCAAACUGAAACAUUAGAAAAUGAUAUUAUUCUUUAUAUGAAACCAGCACAAAAAUCAGCUGUUUCAUAUGUUGUUAAAAAUGAAAAUUUUGAAAAAUAUUUUCAACAUGAUGGUUUAAGAACUGUUUUAUGUUCAUAUGCAAUGCAAGCAUCAACACCAAGAUGGUUAGGCUAUACAACAUUGAAUUCUACACCAUGCAUAGUUGAUGCUGUAACAGCCCAUUCUAAAGAUCUUGAUUGGUCGGAUAUAAAUGACUUUGAUGAUGUGAUUGAAGUUGUUCAAUACUUAGGAAGAGCAAUGGCAAAAAUUCAUUGUGUAGCUGAUUCAGAUUGUGUUAAUACUCCGAAAGAUAUAGCUUGUUUGCCAUUUUCAAUCAUUCCACAAGAUACAGAACAAACAAUUCGGAAUGCUAUUGAUAGACGAGAUAAUGAAUUUAUCCAAGAUAUGAUUGAAUUUGGAAUGGUAAUGACAAUUGUAUUUGAAUAG